AUGUCCUUAGGUAUGUUCUCCCACGCAGAUGGCACCAACAUCCCCGAGCUCACCACCGACGAAUUCGUCCAUUGGGUAACAGUCGACUUCACUAAGUUUGGCGGACGCACCAAGCCUAAUAGCGGCGAGAGCAUGAUGCGUCUUAUGGCCGAGCAGUGUCGAUCCGGAGUAGCCACUAUUACAUCCAUGCCUCAGCACCACAAGCAGAAAUGCUGUCUCUCGUUGCCUGUUGUCGGAGACGCGGAGCUCGUGCGAGUCCAUAUUUUGUGGCGGGCUGCUGAGAUUGCGGAUUGGCAUUGGGAGGAGAUUAGGGCUGGGAGGGAGACGUUGGAUACAGAUCAGAUUUUGGGGGAGACGGCGGCCUCGUGGUGGAAUUGGAAUAAGAUUAAUGGGGAAUAG